AAUUAACCUAAAAGGGGAUGCUAUUUUCUUGAAAACCAGACACCGGAUUGGCCGGUCACCAGCCCCCUCACUUAUUAAAACCCUCUAGAAACCUCUCCUCAUCGCAUUGUUCUUCACUCUCUUAUCGUCGACACCCAUUCCCAAUACACUUUUUUUUUUCUCCAACAAGCGUCAUGGGCGGCAAGAUCAAGAUCGGAAUCAACGGAUUCGGAAGAAUCGGUCGAUUGGUGGCUAGAGUAGCUUUGCAGAGAGACGAUGUUGAACUUGUUGCUGUUAACGAUCCAUUUAUCUCUGUGGAGUACAUGACAUACAUGUUUAAGUAUGACAGUGUUCAUGGUCAAUGGAAGCAUCAUGAACUCAAGGUUAAGGACGACAAAACCCUUCUUUUCGGCGAGAAACCCGUCGCUGUUUUUGGUUCAAGGAACCCAGAGGAGAUCCCAUGGGCCCAGACCGGAGCUGAGUACGUCGUGGAAUCCACCGGAGUUUUUACCGACAAGGACAAAGCGGCUGCUCACUUGAAGGGAGGUGCUAAGAAGGUCAUCAUCUCUGCCCCCAGUAAGGAUGCUCCCAUGUUUGUUGUUGGUGUGAACGAGAAGGAAUACAAAUCAGAUCUUCACAUCGUUUCAAACGCCAGUUGCACCACUAACUGCCUUGCCCCUCUGGCCAAGGUUAUAAAUGACAGAUUUGGAAUUGUUGAAGGUCUUAUGACCACUGUUCACUCCAUCACAGCUACACAGAAGACUGUUGAUGGACCAUCUGCUAAGGACUGGAGAGGUGGAAGAGCUGCUUCAUUCAACAUCAUUCCCAGCAGCACUGGUGCUGCUAAGGCUGUUGGAAAAGUCCUCCCUUCAUUGAACGGGAAGUUGACCGGAAUGUCUUUCCGUGUCCCAACUGUUGAUGUCUCUGUUGUUGAUCUGACUGUUCGAUUGGAAAAGUCUGCAACUUAUGAUGAGAUCAAAGCUGCUAUCAAGGAGGAAUCUGAAGGAAAGAUGAAGGGGAUCUUGGGUUACACUGAAGAUGAUGUGGUGUCCACAGACUUUGUGGGUGACAACAGGUCGAGCAUAUUUGAUGCAAAGGCUGGAAUUGCACUGAAUAACAAUUUUGUGAAGUUGGUUUCGUGGUAUGACAACGAGUGGGGUUACAGUUCCCGAGUUGUUGAUCUGAUUGUUCACAUGGCAUCUGUGGAGUAAGUUGUUUUUUGAGUUGGAAGUAAUAAAAGUCUACCUAUCCAUUCCCCCAUGUGUUUAGGGUUUUGAUUGAUGGGUGGAGAAAUGUUUUGGUGUUAUGUUGUUAUUGCUGGUUUAUUAUCAAACUUUAUAGUGCAAUUUUCAGACAUUGAGGUGUGUAGUAGUAUCAAGUUGGUGUGAAAACUUGUCUUCACUUGCUCUGUUUAUUAUUGGUGUUUUGAACUAGCCGGCUUAAAUAUGGUGAAGAUUUUAUGCACAAAUUAAUUUUCCAGGUUU